UUGACUUACUAGUAUCUUAACACUGCAUUGGCUAUUUGCCAGAUAAAUAGUGUAAACAGCUUGUAUCAGGUGGUAUGGACAAUUAAACAUACGCAAGUAACCCCACUAUUCCAUGUAUUUGAUCUGAAAAUUUUCAUUCAAUGGGAUUUUGUAUGUUUGGAUCAGCUGUCUACUAAUUUUUAAAGGCAAUUUUUAAGAUUCUCCCAGUCAUAAAGUUGGUGUACUUUCGUACUUGUGAUAUUAGAUUCAUUACUACGCUAGUCCUAUAUGGGUAACCAACCUGAAUGCUACAAAGUUUCCUAUCUUUGGAGAGGGUGUGAUCAUCUAAUGGGAUUUAAAGAAUUUGUAGACAUACGUCGAAUCGUCAAACCAACAUGGAUAGACCUUUCAAAUCGAGAAAGCGUCUUUCAAAGAAAGUCGAUAGGAAGUUUUGGAGAUGGAAUAAGGUUUCAAAGUAAUACCUUCGACGAUCUUUACAUAUUUAGAAACAUUCUUGUUUUAUCUGAAGAAGAUAUAAAGAAUUCGUUUGCGUCAAUCGAUACGAAAAUAACAUUAAUAGCAGAUUUUGCUGAUCCUGGAUAUUGCAUAUUAAGAUAUAUAUCUGGUAAAGUGUUCUCAGAUGAUCUAUAUGACUCUGACAGUAACUCUUCGAUAUGUUUCUCAAGCGCCAAAUUUAUGGACAAAUGCUUGAAUUUAAGAUCAGGAAUUGCGAGAUCAAAGGGACCGGUCAUUUUAGAUGAUGGGGAAACUACCGUAUGCGCACUUCCUUUCUUCAGUUGGCCCCCCGUCGCCAAGGAAUGGAUCACGAGAAAUCGGAACAGAUGUUGGCCAACAAUAGAAACGAUAAAUCGAGUUAUAUUUGAUGGUUGCCAUUGCGUCCCAGUUGGUAACCCAGCAUCUACUACAAAACAUCUGGAAUGGCAACUUAAUUUUUCAGUUGCAGAAUGCACCUUAGUACACUCCAUGGAUCAUGGUCUUUUUAAGCUCUACCAGAUCUUGAAAAUUCUUAUCCACGAACGACUGAACAAUAUGGACGAAUGCGGGGAAUGUGUGUCGUCAUACAUGAUAAAAACGUUGAUGUUUUGGAUGUGCGAGGACAAAUUACCAAACUUCAUCUGUGCACAAAAUUUGAGAGAGAGUAUUGACGAAUGUUUGACGCAAUUAGAGGAAUGGAUCAGGAAGGAUUCCAUUCCUCACUACUUUAUCCCAAAGCGAAACCUCAUUGAAAAAAAGUUAAGGCCAUUUCAGAAAGCUACAAUUCUGGAAAGAAUUUUAAUCAUGAGAAGCAAUGUUUUAUGUGAAUUAUUAAAUUGUUCAUCUUUCAAACAAGUUAAAUUAGAUGUUACAGCCGAACCUCCUAUUCCUUUACAUGAUCUCGAUAUUACGUCAGAGGAUUUAAAAACAAGGAGCGAAUUUGUUUUCUUCGAAAACGUUGGGAAUUGGUAUUUUAGUGGCAUGCUACUUCCUCGAGCCUUAAAAUAUCUUCAAAACAUUGAAAAUGCGUAUUCAUUUGAUAAUUUAAGUGACUUACAAGUCAGUGUUGCUAAGCAAAUGUAUUAUACGAUUGCAAAUACCGCUGGAAAAAAUGCCUUUCGAGUAGUAAGAAAUUCAAAUAAUGAUAAAAGAAAGUAUCAUGUCCUACGCCUUUCGGAAGCAUUUCUAAAAAUCGGAUGCUCAACAGAUGUGACUAGCGGAAAACUUUCCUUAGCUACCUUGUAUUUCUGCCUGGGGAAGACUCGAAAAUGCAUCAUUGUUACUGAUGCAUUAUUGCGUGGAAUCGUGCCCUAUACGGUGUACUUACGAAAUUUGACAACCGUGUCAAACAAUUCUGCUCGUUGCAAGCUUUACCAAGAAGUCAUUCACCCACAACCCAUUCCUUUAUCCCUGAAAAUGAAGCGGGGCUGUGUGGCUGAUAUUGAAAUUAUCCGAUCAACGUUUUUGUGGCCUGCAGCCAUUAGCUUAGAGAUCGAAUCAUUCCCUUAUAAAACGAAACUGAUAAAUGUGCCAGCAUUGGUUUAUUUGUAUUUCCUGAGGUUUUUAUGUUUUGAGAUGCGUGGAGAUAGUAUUCUCAAAAUGGAGGCAUUGUCAAACUUGUCUGCCUUAUCGUUUGAUGACGAACAUAAUGACGGAUCAUUUCUGGCCUACGACAUCAUAGGUAUUUGUCAUGAGAGAACUGGUAAUUAUCUAGAGGCUGUUGAAAUGUUUGUCCAGGCCGCCAAAGAUGCUAAAACAUAUGAGUGGAUGAACGAAAAUAUGAACCCAUGUCUACUCCGGAUCGGUAUAGUUCUGAACAAGAAAUUUAGAGAGGAGAGAUAAUAUCAAAAUUGACUAUCAAUGUCUCCUUUCUGUAAUUGGAAAAACAGUAUUCAAAAUUUUGUUUAUUUUUACAAAGAAUAUGAAUGGGUGGUUUUUGUUACUCACGCCGUAUAAUUACAAUUGUAUUUUAUAAUGUUUUUGUAUAAUUAAAUAGAUAAGUAUUCAAUUAUG